AUGGAUGCGUACUGCCUGGAAGCUCCACCAGACGAAACCCUACCCCUCGGCUCUCUUCCCCUCGUCACUCCCUCUCUCCCCGCAGAUCCACCCGCACCUGGUCGACUACGGCGACUACGGCGCCAACCCCCAUCCCCGCCCCCUCCGGCGUCCUCCUCCCCUUCCUCCUCGGCGUCGUCGACCCCGGCAUGCUUCUCCUCGCCCACCGCCGCCACCCGCAAUGGGACAUUGGCUUCCGCAUUGACCUCGGCUAGUCCGCGAGGGACGACAAGGACCAGGUUGCCAGCCCCAGCUCAUGGUCGCGCUGCCCCCGCCCCACGACGCCGUCUCCGUCGACUUGACCCCGAUGGACGGCGGGGAGGAAGUGGUGCGGAUCGAGAUGCGGGUGGUUCGGAGGCGAGAGGCACUGCGGUCGGUGCGCGUGUCGCGCACCCCCGGGUCCGUGCUGGGGAGGGCGACGGCGGCCGCGCCCGCGCCCGCGCCAGCCGUGGACAGACCUACCGCCGCCGGAAGCCGCUGCCUUGCAUAGGCCCCAAACAGUCCGACCACAAGCAAACCCUGGACAUUCAUGUUAAAUUAGCACUUGUGUACUUGAGGUUGAGGACUAGAUGCAGCAAGGAACAAUCAGUUAGAAGAGAUUGGUUGAGGAUAAGAUGCUAGACAGAAACAAGCAGAAGGAAGAAGAGAUUUUUGUUGAUCAUAGCUUCUUUUUGGUACCUUUCUAAUUCAUAAUGAAAUGUAUAUGGUCUCUUGUUUGGUGUGCUUUGUAGCAAUGUUCUAGCGUUCUCUGUGUGUCUGGUAGCUCAAAAGAGAUUUUGCUGCCUAUUUUCAUUUUAGAAUAUUUUAAUAUAUAUUUACUUUGGGCUGUUAA